AUGUUGCCCGCCAGACAGACGUGGCUCCUCCAGACCCAAGUAAGGGCCUUCUCGAGUCAUGGCCCAGCUUUUGCGAAGGCCUUGAAUGUACUCAAUAAGAAAGGCCGUCAAGAGUUGAGAGAGGCCAGACAGCUGGCGAAGAAGACCAAGACGGAGGGUAAGAAGAAAAGUAAGAAGGGUGGCUUGACCCAUUACCGUUUCAAAGAUGCAGUCAACGUGCUUCGAUCUGAAUCCAAUACUGUCCCCUUGGAGUCAUUGGGAGUCACCUCGCUAGAUGCCUCUGACUUGCAACAGGGAACUUUUGAGCAACCAAUUUCCAUCGUUUCUAGAAACACCAAGUUCGUGUUGGAGGACGUAUUGAACAACUACGAGAAGAACACUAAAGAUAACAGAUUCUUCCUCAGUGGUGAGAGAGGAGUUGGUAAGUCUACCUUGCUCGCGCAGGCUCAAGCUCUUGCCCUUUCUAAAUUCAACAACGAUGUUGUUUUGUUGCAUUUUGAGCUGCCAGAGAACGUCAUCAAUGGUACUUCAGACUACUUGUUCAACAAGGAGAAGGGCAUUUACCAACAACCCAUGUUCACAAAGAGAUGGAUCGGAAAGACCCGUUUCGUCAACGAGAAAAUCUUCAGAAAGAUGCCUUUGAGCAGGGAUUUCGAUGUGGCCACAGAGAAGAGUUCUUUCAAGUUGAAGAAGGAUACCCACACAGUGUACGAUUUCCUUGCCAGAAGUCGUGAUUUCACUAAGGCUUCCUCUGCAUUUGACUUCUUGAUUGAACAACUUCAGUUCCACUCCAAGAACUUCCCAGUUAUUUGUACCAUUGAUAACUUCAACGGACUUGUUUCCGAGACUUACACCAAAUACCGUCACCCAGACUUCAAGCCAAUUCAUGUGACAGAGUUCGAGAUGGGUAACUAUCUUUUGGAUUUAUUUAACGGUGAUGUUAGCUUCCAGAAGGGUGCUGUAUUGGCAUCUCUUAGCAAAUCUCUUCCAAACUCCAAGUCUCUCAAUGUUGGAUUAGGCAUUGAAGAGUACGACCCAUACUCUAAGAAGUGGGAAUGUGACAGAGUUAUCGCAGAGCGUCUACUUAAGAACGGUGCCACUCCAAUUGUGGAACUCCAGAACCUCACAUCAGAAGAGGCCCGCACUUUGGUGCUGUUCUACAACGAGGCUGGCGUUUUGAAAGUCAGAGACUACCCAUACAAGGAAGUUGUCACCAUGCCAGAGGACAAGACUUCUGUUGAACUGAUGAAGCUCGUUGGCGCUUUGCCUGAAGUUGCCGAUGCCGAAGCCCAGCUCGAAAGACUCAUCAACUCUUCCUUCAAUGUUUCCCAGGGUAACCCUGGCCACCUUCUUAAAGCAACCGCUUUUGAAGGCUAA